GCCCAGAGGGUAUACACAGAGCAACUAGGGUGGAUAAAAAUUCUCAUCUGUUUAAAUGGAGGCUUUGCCCUUUCCUUCCCUUCUUCACACUUUGCCCCUAUUGAAGAGCUCUCCCUUAAUUUCAGUCAGAUUGUUAAAGCUUGAUUUCAGUACCCAAGAACACCCAGCCAAGAUGCAGAACGACGAGGGACAAAACAUGGAUCUUUACAUCCCCAGGAAAUGUUCUGCUACGAAUAGGCUUAUCACCUCAAAGGAUCAUGCUUCUGUUCAACUUAAUGUUGGUCAUUUGGAUGAUAGGGGUGUGUACACAGGCAGUUUCACAACUUUUGCUCUCUGUGGUUUCAUCCGUGCUCAGGGUGAUGCUGACAGCGCAAUGGACCGCCUCUGGCAGAAGAAGAAAGUUGAAGCUAGACAAGAGUAGAAAAAUAGAUUUGCAUUUUGAUGUUACUUUAUGAUGAAGGAUUCUGGAUAACCAUUUAAAUUUCAGUUGAGUUAGACAAUGUUCUCCAUGCUAUUCUUCAUCUUUGGAUAUUUGAAUUGCCCCGUUGGUCAUGAUUUUUAUCUCA